UGAACAUGCGAUGAGAUCGGUGGCUCAGUUGUUGAUCGUCGUUCGUAGCUUCAAGUACCAGCUCCCGAGAGCUCCGUGCGAAAACCUGGAAGCUACCCACUCGAAAUUGACAGCAAUUGUCAGGAAAACUGCCACAUCAACAUCACCACAAUGAAGCUGAGCUCGGGAUUCUUUCUGAUCUUUGCCGCUUUGAUCGGCUUUACGUCGUCCACGGAUGUCAGUCCUUGCCCUAAAUCCAAAUCCAAGGCCCUAAGUGCCGGAGAAGUGUCCAUUUCCAAUUGCCCCAAGAGCAAGUGCAUCCUGAAGCGCAACACGGAGGCCAGCAUUGAGAUGAAGAUCCGGCCGGAGCGCGACUUCCAGGAGCUGACCUCCGACAUCCAGGGCAUUAUCCUGGACGUGCCGCUGCCGUUCCCAGGAUAUUACGGCACCAGUGCCUGUCCGCACAUCUACGACGAGGCCGGCGAGAAGAAGGUGGGCUGCCCCCUGAAGGCCGGCCAGGUGUACACCUACAAGAACAGCUUCAAGAUCCUGCCCGUCUACCCAACCGUCAGCCUGGAGAUCCACUGGGGACUGGGCGAUAAGCAAGGGGAUGCGGCUUGCUUCCAGAUACCCGCCAAAAUCAAGGCUUGAACACAGAUACAGACUCAGAUACAGAUGCACUCAAUGUUAGCUUUUAUUAGUGGUAAUUCUUAAGAUCGUAUCUGCAUAUGCUUAGUUAGGGAUUAAGUACGGUUAAGUGAACGAAAACGAAGCAGGCCAUUAUUGCGGCAUCCAGCCAGUGACGCAACAUGGCCAAAGGAUUCCACUGAUCGGCUCAGUAAGUCUAAUAAUAAAAAACCACAACGAAUUCUACAUUUUAA